AUGUUGUGUUUUUGGUCUCGAGUAAUGAUGAUCUGUCAGAUGGAAGUGACGACGAUGACGCAAUUUGUCUGGUAUGUACCGAAUCCUAUUCUGCCAGUAAAUCUGGUGAAGAGUGGGUCCAGUGCAUUACGUGUCAACCUACCCCAUGCUAAUGGCCAACCAGCCCCGGAUAUGGGACCCGCGCUUACGGUGGCCGGAGAUCGUCCCUUGAUCCCCGACGCCCAUAGUGUCGUGAAGGAGGAGACGGCGUCCAAGUUCCUCUCGCUCGGCACCAUGGCUUCGACCAAGGCCGGGUGCCAGAGGUCGCCGCCGCCGAUCACUUCCCUGAGGAAGACUUCGCACGGGUCGGCAAACGAGCAGACGGAUUGCCUGAUGGCCGAGGCCGCGGUACCUUAUUGCGCUUACCCCGCAACCCCGGCCGAACAUCAGCCCUAUAGGGCCCCGUCUGUGGUGGUCUAUAGGCUCUUUGAGCGCGGGGAACGCCACAAACCCAUACUUACGGUAGCCGGAGAUCGUCACUAA